AUGUACGGUGCAGCCCGACAGGGCCGUCUUGUGCUGCGAGCCCUACGAUGCGUUCCCUCAACUUCCUCAUUUUCUCCUCUGAUCCGAACGCUACCCUCAAAUACCCGCGUCCACUCUUCAAGGUUCAUUGGAGCCAGCCUCUUCUCAUCCACAUCUAGAUAUGGACAACAACAUGCCGCCGCGGAAGACCUAGGGGCAGAAGACCUCUCUCAGGUACGGCGCGAGUUUAGCAAAUUUUCCGAGCUAGGCGAAGCUGGAGUCCUUGAUCAGAGAAUCGUCAACACUUUGGCGAACAAGAUGGGCAUACAUACAAUGACUGAAGUACAGCGCAUGACAAUCAACGAGUGCUUAGACGGCUCGGAUGUGGUUGCUCAGGCCAAGACCGGCACAGGCAAGACUUUGGCAUUUCUGACCCCAAUCGUGCAACGACUGCUGAGGGAUCCUAAUUUCAACACCCGGAGAGCCUCCAUUGGCGACACGAGGGCCCUCAUUAUCUCACCAACCCGCGAGCUGGCCGAACAGAUUGCCGAUGAGGCGAAAAAGGUUGUUUCGGGAACCGGAGUUCAAGUGCAAACAGCGGUCGGUGGCACUCAAAAGAAAUACCAUUUGAAGAUGAUGCAGCGCAUGGGCUGCCACAUCCUGGUCGGGACACCUGGCAGAGUCAAGGACCUUGUAUCCGACACAUACAGUGGCGUUAGUCUGGACAAUAUCCAAACCUUUGUCUUGGACGAGGCCGAUCGACUUCUCGACAUUGGCUUUGCUCCAGAAAUCGAGGCGAUUCAGAGUUACAUGCCUCCACGAGAUGCCAACGCUCGCCAAACUCUCAUGUUUUCCGCCACCCUGCCCAGAACUGUCGUUGGAUUGGUGAAAAAGACCAUGAGGCAGGACUUUAAAUUUGUGCGAACCGUUGAUCCUGAUGAAGCUGCCACUCACGAAUCGGUACCGCAGAAGGUAGUGUAUCUACCUGGACUGGAAAACCAACUGCCAGCUAUCACCGAGAUUGCCUACAAGGCCGUCCAAGCUCACAAAGCGGAUCCGGCGAACAAUCCGCCCUUCAAAGCGAUAGUAUUCUUGUCCACCAUCAAUGAAGUAAGGAUGGGCUACGAAGUUCUGCGGAACAUGCGCGGAGGAUCUGGUGGGAGAGGCGGGGUGUUCGACCCGCAUCCCCUGGCUCCCUGCAAGAUCUAUGAGAUGUCGUCGAGGCUGACUCAAGCCGAGCGGACAAAGAACUCCCAGGCGUUUCGACAUGCUGAAAGUGCCAUCAUGGUGUCCUCGGACGUUGCGGCCCGUGGGAUGGAUUUCCCCAAUGUGACGCACGUUAUUCAAGUGGGACCGCCCAAGACUCUGGAAGAUUACAUCCAUCGUAUCGGCCGGACCGGGCGUGCAGGUAAGCCAGGCCAAGGCUGGCUCAUUCUGCAAGACGACGAGAGGAACGAGUUUAGACAGCUAGUGCGCGACCUCCACGCCCACAACAUCUCGGAAGACUCCUCGCUCGAGACUGCCAAGCUGGACAUGAGUCAACCUACACAGCUUUCCGUGGAAACCGGCAAGGUCAUGCAGAUGGUCGAGUCUGGGAUUAGGAGCGUUCCUUUCGGCGACAAGGCGAAAGCUUACCAGAGCAUCCUGUCCUCGUUGAACCAAUCUGGUGUGCGACGGUCGAAACAGUCCAUGGUCAACCUGGCGAACAGCCUCGCCAAGUUCGGGUACGGCCUGGAGCGGCCACCGCACGUGUCGCGUGCGUUUGCCGCUAAGCUGGGGUUCUCAGGCGUCCGAGGUCUCGAGCUCAGUGCCCAUGAAGGCUCGACCAAUGGCUUCGGCCUCGCCUCAGGUUCAGGCUCAGGUUCAAGCUUCCGAGGCGAAGGACGGAGAGAUUCUUUCGGCGGCAACCGCGGGUCAUUCGGUCGGGGUAGUCGGGCACCGUCAGACCGAAGACAAGAUUUCGACAGUGAUUCAAGAUCUGGCCGCCGCGGGGACUACGGUACCCGCGGGGAGAAUAGCCGUUGGGAGAGUACCCGUGGCGAUCAAGGGUCUCGCUGGUAG